AUCCAAUUGCUUCCAAAAGAUACCAAGUACAAAAUACAAUUGCUUCUAAAGGUUACCAAAAUCAGUAACAUCCAAUUGCUUCCAAAAGAUACCAACUACAAAAUACAAUUGCUUCCAAAAGAUACCAAGUACAAAAUACAAUUGCUUCUAAAAUAUACCAACUUCAAAAUACAAUUGCUUCUAAAGGUUACCAAAAUCAGUAACAUCCAAUUGCUUCCAAAAGAUACCAACUACAAAAUACAAUUGCUUCCAAAAGAUACCAAGUACAAAAUACAAUUGCUUCUAAAAUAUACCAACUUCAAAAUACAAUUGCUUCUAAAGGUUACCAAAAUCAGUAACAUCCAAUUGCUUCCAAAAGAUACCAACUACAAAAUACAAUUGCUUCUAAAGGUUACCAAAAUCAGUAACAUCCAAUUGCUUCCAAAAGAUACCAACUACAAAAUACAAUUGCUUCUAAAGGUUACCAAAAUCAGUAACAUCCAAUUGCUUCCAAAAGAUACCAAGUACAAAAUACAAUUGCUUCUAAAGGUUACCAAAAUCAGUAACAUACAAUUGCUUCCAAAAGAUACCAAGUACAAAAUACAAUUGCUUCCAAAAGAUACCAAGUACAAAAUACAAUUGCUUCUAAAGGUUACCAAAAUCAGUAACAUCCAAUUGCUUCCAAAAGAUACCAACUACAAAAUACAAUUGCUUCCAAAAGAUACCAAGUACAAAAUACAAUUGCUUCUAAAAUAUACCAACUUCAAAAUACAAUUGCUUCUAAAGGUUACCAAAAUCAGUAACAUCCAAUUGCUUCCAAAAGAUACCAACUACAAAAUACAAUUGCUUCCAAAAGAUACCAAGUACAAAAUACAAUUGCUUCUAAAAUAUACCAACUUCAAAAUACAAUUGCUUCUAAAGGUUACCAAAAUCAGUAACAUCCAAUUGCUUCCAAAAGAUACCAACUACAAAAUACAAUUGCUUCGAAAAGUUACCAGAGACAUUAUUAAUGUAAGUUUUCUUUAUAACUUAGAAUAUGUAAUCUAUGAUUAUUAUAUUUUUAUCUUAUGUUAA